UUUAAAACACACGCCCUCAAACAAAAUAUUCAUCAAUGUCAAAAUGACCACAUUUAGAACCAGAGACCACUAGAACUAAAACAGCCUAAGAGCUAAUCAAAUGUCAUAAUUAUAUUUCUAUCCUCCUGCCCAGUUCCAAAAGACUACAAGUUUCAGAGUAAUCCCAUUUGAAGCAAACAUUUUCAGACAAGCAGACUACCUUUAGUAGACUUGGUAAAAUAAAAACCAAUUAAGCUACUUAAAAGUAAAAACUCUGUUCAUUUUUCUAACUCAUCUCAAUCAUACAAAAUAACCAAAUCAACCAAAAUUAGCUCUGUUCCCAACACUAACACAAAUAACUACAAACUGUAUGUGUUGAUGUUAUUUACUAACGAGAUUAAAGUAUAUAUAACUUGCUCUGCUUCUAUUCAUAUGAAUAUGUACUUCUGUUACUGAGUUACUUUUCACUUAAAAGAUUUUAGUCACUUUCAGCAUUAAGUGGUCUAACUGGCAGCCUUCCUCCAAUGAAAAAAUGUUAUCAGAGGUGGUUCAUAAAUAAGUAUGUGGUUGUGAGUUAGAAAUCAGAGGAAAGAUAAUUUAGAUCAAGAACUGAAGCCCUUCUUUUAGCCCUCAAAUCCCUACUGUUAGCCCUUCUAGAAGUUUAGAAAUAUAAGUUCUCAAUAAGGUAGUAUAAGUAACCUAAAUUAGUUUUCCUUUAAUAUGGCAGAUUGAUUUGUUAAAAAUAAUCAUCAUUUUCUUGUAUAAGCCUUGUUUCAUCUGACGGUCUUAGAAAAAGCAUCAAAAACAUCCUUCAGCAUUUACAACUUGUUGUAAAGGCAAGUAUGGUGCUUAUUUUACUGAAAGACGUACAGCCAUCCCAUACAUGAGAUUCACCUCUCACUCCUGGGUCUCUUAGUGGGAGAGGAGUUGAGGAGAGGGCAUGAUAGGGAAGAUUCUCAGGUACAGAAAUUCACAAAUACAGAUUCUAGGACUAACUAGACAGCACAGGUCAGAAUGGAGUCUCCAUCUGACUUCAACGCUCUGCUCCUCAGUUCCCUUCAUCCAGAGAAUGAGGAUGAUAAGUGGACUUCAGAGAGUAGUUGAGAUAAUAAAGUGAGUUAAUUCAUGGACAGUAUAAGAAAUUAAAUAUUGGCAACUAUUAUUUGAAGUACAUACGGCAUAAAAGCUCUUUUUAAAAUUGUGGGUCUCUGACAAAUAAGGAAGGUGGAGAUUUGUUUACCACAGAAGUCAUAUUUAAAAAUAACAAUAAAACCCUUUCCAAGAGUUUAUUAUCAAACUAAUCCCUUUAAGACGACCAACAUUUGGGGAUUAUUACAUGCCUGAAAUGACUGAUAUUAAUAGUUUCAAGUUCUAAAUGGCAACAAAAUUCUUAUAUCCAUUUAAAUCAGUGGUCCUCACAUUUGAGUGUACUGAGCAUCAAUGGAAGGCUCACUAAAAUAUAGAUGCAGGGUGGGGCACCCCAGAGUUUCUGAUUCACUCAGCUAGGUUGGUCCCCACAAAUGUGCAUUUCUAGCAAGUUCCCAAGUGAUGCAGAGCUGCUCCUCUGCAUUUUGAAAACCAAUGAAGAUAUUUAACAUGUAAAGAUAUAGACAAAUACUCAAAAUGUAGAAGAAAUAACCAAAACAUGUGUUCAUAGCAAAGGCACCAACACAUUAUUCCACUGAUAACAGAAGGACAUUGUAGUUUGAGAUACCAGGGGUGCGUGUUUCCACAAAGCAAUAUUUACAUAAAGUUAAAGCAGCAAAACACUUUGCUCUUCAAUCUCACCCCUAACAUAUUUUUUGCCCUUUUGGUUUCAAAGUUAAAUAACUGUAAAUAAUUGUGAUACAAGGAUGCCUUAAUUUAAUGUUAUAUUUUCCCAAAAACUCAAAGUUAGGUAAAGAAACAAACAAAAAAAAAACUGUUAAUAUUUAAAUUCUAUUCAAGAAAAGCACAAAGGACACUGUAAAUAAUAAGCCUGGCAAUGGAUACAAUCACUUUUCUAAUGUAAUUUUGGAAUCUGCUAAUUUGUAAUAGAAGGAAGCUGUUUCACCUACAAAGGAGUUAAUCAAACACAGGUUUAAAAUAAUGACAUUAUUAACCAAGGAAAAAACAAAGGGCCAGAGACUUAACAUCUCUAACCAGCACGCAUUUUGAGUUAACAUAAUUACUUGUUAGAAGAAAAUACAUCACCCAGUGUUGUACACAAUAUAUUUCAGAUAAAUUAACCACCCAAGAAAGCAAGCUUAAAAUCUUCUCCAGGAAGCAGACUGCGAAGGUUUGAUCUCAACUUGGAUUUAUCGUUUGCAGAGAAAAUAACCAUAACUCGAAGUUAUAAACCAUCAACUCUAUAGCAGGUUUCAGUAAAAAGCCACAAGAUUUUAAAUUGCUUUUUAAAAGAUGACUUCUCAGCCAUCCUCAUCCCACAUUUCCUGGGAAAUAAAAGCAGAAGUCCUAAAAGAGGAGAGAGAGAAAUUCAGUGUCUGCAUAGCUUUGAGUCCAGUGUUUGAAGACAAUCUCUGAUUGUAAAGCCCUCUCUUCCUCUCCUUCUAUUUCUCUAUAGAACACUCAAGACCUUACUGAUGAAAACUCAGGAAAUUCUCUAUCACAAAGAGGUUUGGCAACUAAACUAAAACAUUAAAAGGAAAAUACCAGAUGCCACUCUGCACGUUGCAAUAACUACUAUUUACUGGAUACAUUCAAAUCCUCCAGAAUCAACGGUUAUCAGGUAACCAACAAGAAAUGCAAGCCAUCGACAACCUCACGUCUGCGCCUGGGAACACCAGUCUGUGCACCAGAGACUACAAAAUCACCCAGGUCCUCUUCCCACUGCUCUACACUGUCCUGUUUUUUGUUGGACUCGUCACAAACAGCCUGGCGAUGAGGAUUUUCUUUCAAAUUCGGAGUAAAUCAAACUUUAUUAUUUUUCUUAAGAACACAGUCAUUUCCGAUCUUCUCAUGAUUCUGACUUUUCCAUUCAAAAUUCUUAGUGAUGCCAAACUGGGAACAGGACCACUGAGAACUUUUGUGUGUCAAGUUACCUCCGUCAUAUUUUAUUUCACAAUGUAUAUCAGUAUUUCAUUCCUGGGACUGAUAACUAUCGAUCGCUACCAGAAGACCACCAGGCCAUUUAAAACAUCCAACCCCAAAAAUCUCUUGGGGGCUAAGAUUCUCUCUGUUGUCAUCUGGGCAUUCAUGUUCUUACUCUCUUUGCCUAACAUGAUUCUGACCAACAGGCGGCCAAGAGACAAGAAUGUGAAGAAAUGCUCUUUCCUUAAAUCAGAGUUCGGCCUAGUCUGGCAUGAAAUAGUAAAUUACAUCUGUCAAGUCAUUUUCUGGAUUAAUUUCUUAAUUGUCAUUGUAUGUUACACACUCAUUACAAAAGAACUGUACCGGUCAUAUGUAAGAACAAGGGGUGUAGGUAAAGUCCCCAGGAAAAAGGUGAACGUCAAAGUUUUCAUUAUCAUUGCUGUAUUCUUUAUUUGUUUUGUUCCUUUCCAUUUUGCCCGAAUUCCUUAUACCCUGAGCCAAACCCGGGAUGUCUUUGACUGCGCCGCUGAAAAUACUCUGUUCUAUGUGAAAGAGAGUACUCUGUGGUUAACUUCCUUAAAUGCAUGCCUGGAUCCGUUCAUCUAUUUUUUCCUUUGCAAGUCCUUCAGAAAUUCCUUGAUAAGUAUGCUGAAGUGCCCCAAUUCUGCAACAUCUCAGUCCCAGGACAAUAGGAAAAAAGAACAGGAUGGUGGUGACCCAAAUGAAGAGACUCCAAUGUAAACAUAUUAACUGAGGAAAUAUUUCAAUCUCUUUGUGUUCAGAACUCAUUAAAGCAAAGCGCUACGUAAAAAUAUUAACUGACGAAGAAGCAACUGAGUUAAUAACAAUGACUCUUAAAACAAGUAAUAGAAGAUUUACAAAAGCAAUUUUCAUUUACCUUUCCAGUAUGAAAAGCUAUGUUAAAAUAUAGAAAACUAAUCUAACCUGUAGCUGUAUAGUACCAAAACAAAUGACAUCCAAUUGGCAUGCUGCAUGCAAAACUACACAGAAUUCAUGUUUUGCAGAGUUUUGCCAAAAUGAGUAAUCAUAUAAUAUCUACUGUAAUUUUUAAAAUACAUUAUUGCUCACAAUUUUAUUUCUUCAUAAUCAACUAAGGAAGAAUUAUCAAUUGGAUAUAAUCUUCUUACCAAAAAUGACACUUAAAAUGUAUAUAUAUCCUAGCCCCUAACCAAAUUCUGACCUAUUGGGAUACUUAUAAAAAUUUGAGUAAGUGGGAUACACAAAGAAUAAUAACUAUUAACUUUUAAUUAUGAGCAAAAACCUAAGGGUUAAAUUUAAACUAAUUGAAACUGUAUUUGAUUGGACUUAAUUUUUUUGUUUAUUAAGAAGACACUUAAAGAAGACCUUUACAAUAAAGAGAAGAAAUAUCAAAGUCAUUAAAAUAAGGAGAGUUACUUUUAUGAUAUUCUAACAUUAAAAAAUAUAGAAAUAUUUCCUUAAUUCUAGAGAAACUAGUUUUACUAAUUUUUUACAACCUCAAUAAUACCAUCAUUGACACUUACCUUUAUUAACUAGCUUCUAGAAAAUACCUGCUAAUUAGGUUAAUGAACAUUUUACGUUAGUGAAAAAAAUUAAUAUGAUUACAAAGUUGCACAGCAUAACUACUGAGAGGAAAGUGAUUGAUCCAUUUGUAAUUAUUUGUUUGUACUGAUGUGUAUAAAAUACAAAAUUUACAUUAAACUCUAAAUCACUC